AUGGCUAUAGAGACUUUGUCACAGCUCAUAACAGCCACAGGGACUUCACAUUACAGCACAACAGCAACAGAGGCUCCAUUUCAACAGCAACAGACUACUCCAUGUUAUGACAUAAAACAGCAACAGAGACCUCACAUUACAGCCCACAAACAUUUGCAAGCAGAGGACUUCACAAUAUACAGAUCACAUACAGCAACAGAAGACUUCACAUUAACAGAGCCCCAAAAACACAAACUAGCUUGCAGAUGCCCCUCAGUCUCACUUUUGAGGUAUUUUCGAAGUGAGGUCAAACCAUCCGGAAAAGAGAAGUCUUCAGACUCGAUGAAGAAGGAAAGUUCUGGUGACUCAGGAAACAGUGCCGAGGGCUCAACUAGUCCAGUUUUAAAAUCUUCUAUCCCAAGAAAGUCAUAUGAUGGUGCAGCCAGAGAUUUAGUCCUCAAAUCACGAAACUGUAAUUUCACCUCAGUUACUUUAGUGAAUAAACCGUCGACUAUUGUUUCUUUUCGACAUUCAACUCCGCCCACAUCAACAGCAUCAUUAAGGGAUCACAAUAAACAACUAACUGUGGGUGGGGACACAAGUGAGGAUGAAACUUCAGCUCAGAAAAUUGAUAGAUAUAAUUAUAAAAAAGACCAGAAAGGAAACACAAGCCAAGUAUCACUGAGAAAUUUUAAGAAAGACAUGGAUGACUCAAAUCGUAACUCCCCAAGAAAAGUCAUUAUGGGACCAUCUGAUGUCACCUCUGAUACAUCUCGGAAAAAAAUUAUGAGGCCAUCGGAUAUUCGGUCUCGUAUAUUGUCCAGACCACUUUUCGUUGAUGCUCCAAGUCCAGUUUCAAAGGAAGAUGAGGAAAGUAGCAAUACUGAGGUUGAUGAUGAUGAUGUGAUGAUGAUGAUGAGGAUGAUGAUGAUGAGUGAUGAUAAUGAUGAUGAAGAGAAUGAUAAUGGUGAGAAAGAUGAUGAUGAUUUAUCAUCUGACAGCCCCUUGGGUGGCAUGUCAGUGAAGAGGCUAGUCAACAAGAUGUCACCAACAACGAAGGCAGUAAAUAUCUCAGAUGCUGAACAGGACAGCCAGGAUGGGCCACUUGUUAGAAUGAAGGUUGUUAAACGUGCUCGACUUGUUUCCAGUGAUGAAGAUGAAGAUAUAACACCUCCAGCUAAAAAACAACAGCUAAAUGGCCACAAUAGUGCUUCAGAAGAUUCAUCUAGCAUGCCAGAUGAUGAAAUAAUUGAAAAAUUCAUUGAAAUGUGGGAGAAAGUGUAUCCAUAUAUGGAGAAAAUGGAAGUCUUGGAUGUAUAUAAGGAAAGUAAGUGGGAUGCACAGCUUACCAUGGCACAGUUGGAGAAAGUAAAUAGAAUACGAAAAGCAGAAAAGAAACUUCAAAAAAUUGAAGAGGUGAUUUCUAAGAAACAAAAGCAAGCUGAGAUACGGGAGGAAAAAAAGAAGCAGAAAGCAGCUGAGAAAGAAUUAGAAACAAUGGCAAGGACAGCAAUGAAGCAAAAGUUGAAAGCUCGAAAGGCUGCUUGGAAAGUGAAAGCAGUCAGAAGAACUGAUGAUCAAGACUUGGAAGAUGAGGAGGAUGACUUUCAUUUUGGAGGUUCAAAGGUGUAUGAUAGUGAGGAUGAAGACUCAGGUAGUGAAGAGGACCCCAAAAAAGCUGGAUACCGGCAACUUGAAGAGGAGGCUGGAGACAGUGGAGUUGUUGUGUUUGAGCUCAUUGUGUGUAGUGAAUAUUAUGCAGAGAACUAUGAACAUGGAAGGCAGAAAAUGUGGGGGAAGGGGGUCUAUAAGUUCCAGACUGAAAAAUUUAUCACCACCGACCUCUUAAAUAAUGCUAGGACAAUUUUACAUGUAAGAAGCACGAUACAGAAGCUUAUGAAAAAAUGUGAAAACAUAGCCAAAGAUAUGCAAAGCAUCGUAUCCAGAAUUGUUAGUGGGGAGGAAGAUGCAGGAAUCAGCAAACAGCCCGACAGUCUUAAUCCAGCGAUGCAGUUGAAAAGCUACCAGCUGAUUGGACUAAACUGGUUAGUGCUGAUGCAUGAGCAAGGGUUGAAUGGUGUUUUGGCUGAUGAGAUGGGGCUUGGUAAGACAGUUCAGGCAAUCUCAUUCCUGUCUCACAUCAAAGAAGUGGAGAAUCCUGACGAACUUAGUCUUAUUAUUGUUCCAUCAUCUACAUUAGACAAUUGGGCUCGAGAGCUUGAGUUGUGGUGCCCUUCUCUUGAAGUUCUGCAGUAUCAUGGAACUCAGGAUGAACGACGAGCAAUUAGGUGUGGCAUCAUGAACAAUAAUUUAGAGGAAGAGCCAGAUGUCAUCCUAACCACUUAUAACAUGGUCAGCACUAGCACAGAGGACAAAGCUCUUUUCAAAAAACUAAGGUUCCAUACUGUUGUUUUGGAUGAGGCACAUAUGCUUAAAAAUAUGGCUUCUCAGCGUUAUGAAAAUCUCAUGAAAAUUAAGGCCCAGCGUCGUGUUUUGUUGACUGGUACUCCUCUACAAAAUAACUUGGUGGAGCUUAUGUCCAUUCUUAUCUUCGUAAUGCCACAGUUGUUUGACAGUAAAAAAGAAGAAUUAAAAAGAGUAUUCUCCAUGUUUCCAAAAUCGGAUGGUGAGAGUAAAGGAAAGUUUGAACGAGAGAGGAUUCAGCAAGCCAAACGUAUAAUGAAGCCCUUCUUCUUAAGAAGAUUGAAAUGUGAUGUUUUAAAGGAUUUACCAGCCAAACAUGAUGAAGUUAUACGUGUUCCAAUGUCAAAACGCCAGCAGGAUAUAUACUCAGACACAGUGUCUGUGCUAAGUAAAAGAGCACAGCAGCAUGAAUUAGAGCUGGAGCAGCUAGAUUUAAAAGAGCUAACAGAAGUAGAUGAUCUGGAGGGUACCAGAACUACAGUAAAGAACAAGGACAGGGAUGGCAGUAGCAACAUGGUGACAACUCUUCGCAAGAUAGCCAACCAUCCCUUAUUAAUAAGAAAAUAUUAUGAUGAUGGUAAGGUAAAGGAGAUAGCCAAGAUUCUAAAGAAAACCACUCAUCGUGAGUCCGUAUUACAGUACAUUGUGGAGGAUAUCGCCGUCAUGUCAGAUUUUGAAAUACAUACUACUUGUGGCAUCUAUCAUUCCAUCAAGACUCACCGUCUGCCAGAUGAGAUGAUUCUUGACUCUGGAAAAUUUCAGCAACUAGACAUUCUACUACCAAAACUAAAGGAAGAAGGUUCCCGUGUAUUGAUAUUCUCUCAAUUUGUGAUACUUCUCAAUAUCCUAGAGCAAUACAUUAUUCUUCGAGGCCACAAAUACCUUAGAUUUGAUGGUACAACGUUAGUAACUGAGAGACAAGACUUGAUUGAUCAGUUCACAGAGGAAGAAGUCAUCUUUGUGUUUCUUCUAUCAACACGAGCAGGUGGUCGUAUUAAUCUCACAGCUGCGAAUACAGUUAUUAUUACGACAUAGAUUUCAAACCCUUAUAAUGAUUAAGGGCAAGCUGAAGAUAGAUGCCCUAGGUUGGAGACUAGGUAG